GCGGCAGAAGUGUGACUGACUGCGUGAGUGUCACAUGUCACCAUAAACAAGCAACUGUUUGACACCUCCGCUUCAACCCUUAGAGAGACGCUCCCAGGUCAGCAGCUGUCUCCGGACCGGUGGAGGAAUUUGGGCAGCCAUGGCGAGUGAUGACAGCCGGGACACUUUGGAGUCGUGGCUCAACAAGGCUACGGAUCCACAUAAUCAGGAGGACAGAUGGGACUGCAUCGAAGGUUUCUACAAGCUGGUCAUCCAAGAAACCAAUGGGCCUCAGAUAGCUCUGCGUCUUCUUGCCCAUAAAGUCCAGUCCCCGCAGGAGAAGGAGGCUCUGCAGGCGCUCACUAUUCUGGAGGCAUGUAUGAACAACUGUGGGAGGAGGUUCCACAGCGAGGCUGCCAAGUUUCGCUUUCUAAAUGAGCUUAUUAAAAUCUUAACACCAAAGUAUUUUGGCACCUGGAGUCCACAGAAAGUUAAAGACAGAGUGACAGAGGUCCUCUAUGGCUGGACCCUGUGGCUCAAAGAAGAACCAAAGAUUCAGGAAGCGUACAACAUGCUGAAGAAACAAGGUAUCGUAAAGACAGACCCGAAACUACCAGACACUCUAAUCAUGGCUCCUCCCCCUCAAAGAACCACAGAAUCCGUUUUUGAUCAGGAGGACAAAGCCAAGCUCCUAGCAAGAUUAUUGAAAAGUGGCCGCCCAGAAGACCUGGAAACGGCCAACAGGCUCAUUAAAAGCACAAUGAAAGAGGAGCAGGAAAGGGCUGAGAAAGUGGCAAAGCGCGAGUCAACUCUAGCGGAGGUGGAAAGCAGCACUAAGCAGCUCAGAGAACUACUGGAGCAGCAAAUAGUGACUGGAACGUCAUUACAGCCCAGCGACGACGUCAAGGAGCUCUAUGAGCGAUGUGACCGACUGCGGCCCAGCUUGUUCAGGCUGGCCAGCGACACAACAGAUGACGACACGGCUCUAGCGCAGAUCCUGACAGCGAAUGACGAUCUGACCCUGGCGGUGAAUGCCUACAAAGAUGUGAUGGCGAGAGGAACGUGUAACUUGGGAAGGCCAAGAAGUAAAAGUGAAGAAGUGACAAGCAAAAGCAUGAGUUCGACGAACCGCAGAGAGAUUAAGAGCUACCAUCUCAUCGACCUAUCAGCUCUGGACUCUCCACAGAUCCAAAGGAAAGCGGAUUCAUCGUCUCAGUUUGAAUAUUCUUCGCCCGUUUUCCACUCUCAUUUGGAGGACAGCUUUUUUCCAGCACCACAGCAGGAAUUUGAGUUUGAUGAUUUAGACACGAAGCAAAUCCAGCAGAAUCCAAAGUCGUAUUAUGAGGAACUAAUGCAGAUUGACAAAGGCUUUCAGAUGACUAAUGGUAAUCAGAAUGGAGGGAGAGAAAUUUUCCUGAGAGCCCGUGGAUGUGAAGGAAACAAUGAUUCAUCAGACGGAACAAACACCUGGUCAAACUCCCCGACUAAGCAGUUCCCCGGAUUGGAAUCCUAUAAACAACCAAAUGGAGACUUUGGAUCGCCGCUCAUACUGCAAGAGAGCCGCCAUCCGUCUCCAUCACUGAAGGACAUCUUUGUUCCUUUAGAAAGUAUCAGAUCCAGUCAAUUGGAGCCAAUCACAUUGUACAACACGGCUGGGAUCCACGUGUCCCUCCAUUUUGCCAAAGACUGUCCGUCAGGUCAUCCAGGUGUGGCGGUGGCCGUCAUGUCCGCAGUGAACACAUCUGCACUCGACGUGAAGGAUUUCGUGUUUCAAGUCGCCGUCCCUAAGAGCAUGCUGGUGAAGCUUCAGCCGGCCUCCCAGACUCAGCUUCCUCCUUUCAACCCUCUGCUGCCUCCACCUGCAGUCUCACAAGUCCUGCUAUUAGCCAAUCCUGAAAGUCGUAAAGUUCGGCUACGCUACAAGCUGACCCUGACACACCAUGACCGGCGGCUCGUCGAAGCAGGAGAGAUAGAGACCUUUCCCGACUGGACGAUUUUGACUGGACAAAAAUAGAAAUAAAAAAUAAAUAAAUACACAAAC